AUGACGCAACGUCCUUUGCACCAAAUCGCGGCGUCCAAAACGACCUCUGCGACAGGCCGGUCCGACAUGAGUUGGUCAGACGAUCCGAAACAGUCUGCAAAGAAAGCACAUGCCGAGACGGGCAGCCAAAUGGAGACAGAACCAGACAGAACUCCCUCAGAAGUGACUAUCUUCUACCCGAUGGCACCAGUGGACUGCAUCGGCCUUAGCAACACAUAG